AUGCUUGUGUACAUAGCAGUGUGGAAAGAACCGAAAUUUGUAGCGACUGUCAUGAUGUUCACUCAUUAUGUACCACAGAUUCAUUUGAUAAUUUUAAUUUUAUGGGAGGGGGUGAGAGAUGUUGAUGCAAAAAAGUUUUCGCGAUGGAGGAGAAUGACGGGUGUAUUUUGUCAGAUUAGCUUAAUAAUCCCGGACAAGUUUACAUCUCCUGUAUCAAUAACAGUCGUGUCUGUUUAAUAUUACCUUGAUUUUCAAUCCUGCUAUUUGUUUUUAGGUGAAAUAUUGCGAGGAAUUUGGAAUCCAAGCUGGUGCAGCCUCCAGACUCUUUGUGUAUUAUGGAAUCGCUUCAUACGCGGGGAGACUGGUGUCAGGUCGACUGUGUGCCUUCGAAAAGGUAAACACAUUCUAUGUCUACCAAUUUCUACCAGAAAAUAUACUCGCAUUGAAAUACAACUAUAUUUUGAAGUGAAACGUUACCAAGCCCAAAUGAAAAUUUUUGGUUUCCCCUUUUUUUUAAGGGGAGGGGGGCUCGUUUGGGGAAGGAGGGGGAGGCUAAUGAGAACUAUUAAGGCUAAGAGGGGGGUUUUAAUCAAUGGGGCACGGGGCAUGAAUGGCACCAACGAUAUCUCUGAUACUAUUCUCGUUACUGAAAUUAAAUAAGCUUUCUUUUGUUAAAAAGCCCAAAAUGGACUAAAUGAGACUGGAUGCCUGUGUAUGCUGAUUCUUAGGUGCGAUAUUGUGAAGAUAUUGGAAUCACUCAAGACGCGGCCUCCCGACUAUUUGUUUAUUAUAGACUGUCAUUGUGCGCUGGGAGACUGGUAUCUAGUCGUCUUUGUGACUUCAAGAUGAUCCACACAUUCUUUGUGUAUCAGAUUGCCGAGAUUGGAAUGUCAAUUCCAGCGACAUGA